ACGAUACCCCAGGCUAAUGACAGGAGCUACGGCGCACGUCGGCCUAUCGGACCGGCAGCGCAUCUGCGGACCGGGGCUGUUAUAAGAUGAUGGACGACAGCGAACUGCAGGUGCAGGUGCAGCGGAGACAUCAACCCAACGUUCAAGAUGGGCAAGAAGAAGAUCUACCGAUCCCCCUAUCCCAACCUCCAAGUCGAGGCAGUGGACCUUGUGUCAAAGGUCUUCUCGAAUCCCUUCAACACGCCUUUGUCCAAGCCGAUGUAUAUCGACGCCCUGAGCGGUGACCAAUACACGUACGGAGAUGUCAUUCAACGCACGCGUGCCCUAGCCAACGGCCUACAGAGCGAAUUCGGCCUCAAAGCAGACGAUGUAGUCGCUUUAUUCAGCCCGAAUACCAUCGAGUACCCCAUCGCCUGCCAUGCCAUCAUCGGCUCGCAGGCUGUUGUCGCCCCAACCAGCGCGGCACUGACACCACCUGAACUGCACGCUCAACUGCGGACAAGCGGCGCGAGGUUCAUCGUCGCGCACUCAUCUCUUCUUUCCACGGCCAGGAUGGCUGCCAAGGAUACAUCGAUUGAAAAGGUCAUCGUCCUCGACGGUCAAUCCGCUACACCGGGCCAACAACCAACCUGCCAACAGCUCGCAAGUACCUGUCCGCCCACCGAGCUGCGCGCAAUCCCGGCCCACGAAGCCGAAUCGCGAAUCGCAUUCGUCUGCUUCUCGUCUGGGACCUCUGGCCCCGCGAAAGGGGUGAUUACCACGCACCGCAACGUCACAUCGAACCUGCAGCAAUGGCGCGCCCAGCUCCUGGAAUCCGGUUCACCGUCGCAACAGAUCGACCGCACCGCCGCAAUUGCCUUCCUCCCCUUCAGCCACAUCUACGGAUUGAACCUCUAUAUGUGCCAGUGCCUGCUGUGGGGAACCCCCGUCGUGAUCCUGCCGCGCUUCGACUUGGACAUGUACCUGUCCUGUAUCCAGAAAUACAAGCCGCAGGAGCUGGCCCUUGUCCCGCCAAUCGCACUGAUGCUGGUCAAAGACGACCGGAUCAAGAAGUACGAUCUGCGAAGCGUGAAGCGCAUCCUGUCUGCCGCGGCGCCACUGACCAUCGAACUCGCGUCUGCGCUCGAGGCUCGGUUCAGAGACAUUUACGGGACGGAGGUCUUCUGCACGCAGUCGUGGGGUCUGACGGAGACGUCGCCGAUGGCAACUGGAAUUCCGAAUGAUCGGAUGGAUAAGCGCAGCACGGGAGUUGGGUGCGUCGUGCGCAAUAUGGAGUUCCGCUUCGUCGAUCCGGAGACCAUGCUCGAUGCGGAAACUGGUAAAGAUGGAUCCAGUGCCCCCGGUGAGAUCUGGUGUCGUGGACCGAACGUCACGCCUGGGUAUUACAAUAACGCCGAGGCGACAAAGGGCGCGUUCCAUGUGGAUGCCGACGAUGGCACCUCGUGGUUUCGCACGGGCGAUAUCGGGGCCAUUGAUGCGGACGGGUACAUUACUAUCCAGGAUCGUAUCAAGGAGAUGAUCAAGUACAAGGGAUUGCAGGUGAUUCCAAGUGAACUCGAGGGAAAGCUCGUUGAUCAUCCGGAUGUGGUCGAUGCCGCUGUUGUUGGGGUGUGGGUGGAUGAGCAGGCGACGGAGUUGCCGACUGCGUUUGUUACGCUGAGGAAUGGGAUCGACGGGAAGGAGAUCAGGAACGUUACUGAGGGCAUUCACACCUGGUUGAACGGCAAGGUUGCGAACCAUAAGCGGCUACGAGGAGGCAUACAUGUUGUCGAGAGCAUCCCGAAGAGCCCCAGUGGGAAGAUUCUGAGACGCGAGUUGAAGCAGCGGUUGAAGACAGGCGCGGAAAAGGCACGCUUGUAGUUUAGUGUAUAUGUAGGAAAUGGAAUUUGCUUCUGAU